AUGAAGCGUGGGGAUACAGCCCCUAGUCAGCGUCGUGGUCCAGGGCGACCACGAAAGACACCUAUUGAGUCAGUAGAGUCAGAGCCAGUAGAGCAAGAGGCAGAUUCUCUCAGGAAUCCUACAGAGAUUGAUAUUGAUAGUCAGGGACAGACCCACCAGGUUCCUAUGAGAGAUCAGGGUUUCCAGCCUCAGGUGGUUUCCCCUAUAUUACCACCAGUGGUCCCUACCCCUGCUGCCACUCCUUGGGUGAGGGAUAGAGCACGUAUCCCACUAUUAGCUCGAUCGAUAAAGGACCGAUUCACCUUGUUCCAUGGAGUUCCCGACCCGAGUGUUGCUCGUUCUUGGUUGGGAAAUGUGGAGGACACGUUCGAGUAUUUGUCGUGUACCGAGGAGGAAAAGGCUGAGUUAGCUGCGUACCAUCUUCGAGAUCAGGCUGUCACUUGGUGGAAAUUACAGAAGCUUGUUGCUCAGGACAGCGAUCGGUUAGACCAGUUUACCCAGGGCCUUGCGGCUUAUAUUCGUAUCCGGAUGUCUGGUUUUACUCCUAGCACUUACCGGGAGGCACUAGAUAGAGCCUUGAUGAUUGAGAUGACCCAGCAGCAAGUUUCCCAAGAGCGGGGAAAAGACAAACAGAAGGCGCAGGGUACAACUCCAAAUCAGCAACAACAGAACAAAGGUCAGAAAAAGCGGAAGAAAUGGCAGGGAUCCCAUUCUACUUCAGGAGAGUCUCAUCAAUUACCGAAGACAGCACGGUCGUCAGCUGAUUCUUCUCGUCCCUCUCAUCAGCAUUGGAGGGAUCAGUCCAGUGGAUUAGUAUUCUUUCAGUGUGGUGUAGAGGGUCACUCUAAGACCAAUUGUCCAUUGGGUCAGAAUGUAUGUCACUACUGUAAGCUUCCGGGACAUAGGAGCCUUGAUUGUUCUCUAAAGGCUCAGAUGCAGGCUGCCAAGGUUGCUACUCAGGGUAGUCAUAUUACUCAGACUCGACGGCCGAAGGGACCGCAGAAGUCACAGGGUACUCCACAUCAGCAAAGUAUACCACCUUCUCAGGCACAGGUAUACCAUAUCCAGAGUCAGCAGUACCCAGCAGUACCUGUGGCUAUACAGUAUUCCUCAGUUGUCCCGUCACAUCAGAUGCAUCCGGUACCUCAGUAUUUUCCGGCGCCACCUAGCUCUUGUCCAGUGAUACAGCCUCAACAGCAUGCUACCACCCACCAGUCUCAGCAGUUCACUACUACUCCACCAGCACCGUUUCAGACCACUACGGGAGUAUCGCCAUCGUGCCCGGAAGUGGGACGAGUGUAUGCUAUUACUCGAGAGGAGGCACAGCGGGCCGAGGGAUCGGUCUUUCGGGGUAUGAUUACUGUUUAUUCCUUUCCUGCUGAAUUAUUGAUAGAUACUGGUAGUUCCCAUUCUUUUAUUUCUCGGGUAUUUCUGAGUAAGAUUUGUAGAUUACCGGUUCGUCGGACUCAUACAUUAGCGGUAUCUUUGCCCUCGGGAGAGAUACUAAAUAUCGGCCAGGAGAUUAGAGAUUGUCCAUUGGAUUUCGAGGGUCACACCCUUAUAGUGGACUUACAGGUCCUGGAUAUGUUAGAAUUUGACAUCAUUUUGGGUAUGGACUGGUUGGUCAGAUAUUAUGCUACCGUGGAUUGCAGCUCGAGAGUGGUUACAUUUAGACCUCCGGGUCUACCAUCCUGGGUAUUCAUGGGUACCAAGGAUGAGGGGAUUUCGGUCAUCUCAGCUAUGCAAGCUCAGAGAUUAUUGUCUCAGGGAUGUCGGGGGUAUUUGUUAUCUAUGAUUAAGAUUGAUCAGGAUACUACCACACAGCUAUCUGACAUUCCUAUAGUUCAGGAGUACCCUGACGUAUUUCCAGAAGAAUUACCCGGCUUGCCCCCGAAAAGGCAAGUGGAGUUCACGAUUGAGUUGAUCCCGGGGACAGCACCAGUGUCCAAGGCUCCGUAUCGCAUGGCACCUAAGGAGUUAGAGGAGCUAAAGGUACAGUUACAGGAGCUGCUGGAUAGAGGGUUUAUCCGUCCUAGUGUGUCUCCAUGGGGAGCUCCGGUACUUUUUGUGAAGAAAAAGGACGGAUCGAUGAGAUUAUGCAUCGACUAUCGACAGCUGAAUGCAGAUACUAUUAAGAACAAAUAUCCACUGCCACGUAUUGAGGAUCUGUUUGAUCAGCUCAAGAAUACUUUUUUCAUGGAUCUGAUGAAUAGGGUAUUUCUUGAGUUCUUGGAUCAGUUCGUGAUUGUGUUCAUCGAUGAUAUUUUGAUAUAUUCUCGAUCCGAAGAAGAGCAUGGGCGACAUCUUCGUAUAAUAUUGGAGACGCUCCAGCGAGAACGUCUCUAUGCAAAAUUCAGCAAAUGUGCAUUCUGGUUAUCUUCUGUGGGUUUUCUGGGACAUAUUGUUUCUAGCAGUGAUUUGUUGAGGGCUUCUCUAGCAUAG